GACUGGGACGAGAGCGGACGGCUGCGCGAGGUCUGUUCCCGGCAGGUAGCUGAGCUCUGCGCUCUUCACCCUGCUGGAUCCUCCUCCGCCAGAGCUCGAAGGGGACCUGGCAAGGAGAAGCCUCUUCGGCGUUCCGAGCAUCGAGUUGGACAGUGGAGGCUUGACGUUUUCGUGGCACUUGAGAGGUCACAGGACCCCUGGCUGAGGUGAGCUCUCCCCGAGGGGUCAUGCAGUGCUGCAGAUGGGCCAGGCAGCUGGUGGCCUGGGGAUUUUGGAGUGAUCACUAAUGGACAAAGUGUUUGGGCUCCUGAGUACAAGCUGCCGGUCAGUCCUGGCUUCAUCUCAGCCAUUCCCAGCAGAACCUGUUCAGAAGAAAGAAGAGGACAGCAACAUGAAGAGGGAGAGGGAGCAGCUAAAAGAACACUUCAGUGCCUGGGACCGUCCUCAUGGCCUGGUUGGUUUACAUAACAUUGGACAGACCUGCUGCCUUAACUCUCUGAUUCAGUUAUUCAUAAUGAAUGUGGACUUUGCCAAGAUACUGAAGAGGAUAACAGUGCCCAGGGGAGUUGAAGAGCAGAAGAGAAGUGUCCCCUUCCAAUUGCUUUUGCUGCUGGAGAAGAUGCAGGACAGCCGGCAGAAAGCAGUGCAGCCCCUGGAGCUCGCCUACUGCCUCCAGAAGUACAGAGUGCCCUUGUUUGUCCAGCAUGAUGCUGCUCAACUCUACCUCAUAGUCUGGAACCUGAUUAAGGACCAAAUCACUGAUGUGGACUUGGUAGAGAGGCUGCAGGCCCUGUAUACUAUCCAGAUGAAGGAGACCUUGGUUUGCCUUGAUUGUUCUGUGGAGAGUAGCAGAAACAGUAAAAUGCUGACCCUCCCUCUUUCCCUUUUUGAUAUAGACUCAAAGCCCUUGAGAACACUGGAGGAUGCCCUGCAGUGUUUCUUCCAACCCAAGGAGUUAUCAGCCGAAAGCAAGUGCUUCUGUCAGAACUGUGGGAAGAAGAGCCAUGGGAAGCAGGUCUUGAAGCUGAACCGUUUGCCCCAGACCUUGACAAUCCACCUCUUGCGGUUCUGCAUCAGGAAUUCGAAGACAGAAAAGAUCUGCCACUCAUUGUGUUUCCCCCAGAGCUUGGACUUCAAUCAGGUCCUUCCGACUGAGCAAGACCUCUGCAAUGCUGAGGACCAGCCUGAAGGGCGUUAUGAGCUCUUUGCUGUAAUUGCCCAUGUGGGAGUGGCUGACUUUGGUCAUUACUGUGCCUAUAUCCGGAAUUCUGUGGAUGGCAAAUGGUUCUGCUUCAACGACUCCAGUGUCUGUUCGGUGUCCUGGGAGGACAUCCGGUGUACGUAUGGGAAUCAUAACUACCGCUGGAACGAAACUGCAUAUCUUCUGGUUUAUACGAAGUUGGAGUACUAAUGGAUGUACUCUAAACCUUCAGAGACAAACUAUUAUUUUCCUUUUCUGUCUCUGGAUCUGCUGACUUUUCUAAGAAAUUUUGCAAUGAGGAGAAGCAAAGAUUUCAAACUGCAUCAUUAAAUUUGAUAAUCUGGGGUGGAUAUCAAAAUAUGUAACAAUGAAACGGUAUAGGUCCUGAUCAAUUGGAAUGGAUACUCCUGCCCUGGCUGGAGCAGGGUCCUGGGUGCUCUUUGCUGUUCAAGUCACUGACCUUUUAGUUGGGAGACUGUGGGAGUCCAGGUGUUCCUACGUGAGGAGAGACCAGGCCAGCAGUGGUAGGGGGAGGCAUUUGGGUGGCAAGGGGCAAUGGUUGGAAAGUAUUUCCAUGGGCAGUACUUCAAUAUUUUAUAACUGGUGUGUCCAUCCUUAUGUGUACUGGCUGAAUAUCAGUUCUGUUGAUAAUUUUUUUAUCUUUAGAACCUAUACUAAUUUAUUAAAACUCAAUUGUUGUGUUAUUGCUAUUCAUGUAUUCAAGUAUUUAUUGAUCACCCACUCUCCAUAUGACUGUGCUAGACACAAUGAU